UAAAAAUUGGAAACCAAACAAACGAAUUAAGAACGAAUGCUCAUCCUUCUGCCCAUGGGCCUCUCCUCGGCUCUCGGAGUAGACUGCCCAGCGUGGUUAAUAAAACACGCGGGGAAAUCGGAGUCCGGCGAUAAUGAGCGCGUUGUUGCACGCACCCGCUGUCGGAUCUCUUUAUAAUUCGUCCAAGUUGAAGUCAAAGCCCAGCGUCACUUCCCGUUCCUCUUCUUCUUCUUCUUCUUCCAAUUCCAUGACCUCCCCUGCUGUCCGGAUAGCGGUUGUUGGAGAUGUCCAUGAUCACUGGAAUCUUGAAGAAGAUACGAAGGCACUUCAGUUGUUGAAGGUGCGUGCAAUUCAUUAUUCAGGUGAUUUUGGUAAUGAAAAUGUUGAAUUAGUUCGAAGUAUCACAGAUCUUACAUUCACCAAAGCAGUUAUAUUGGGAAAUCAUGACGCCUGGAAUACUCAAGAGUUCCGCAAAAAGAAAAAGGAUGGUGUUCAACUACAGCUUGAGUUUCUUGGUGAGGAUCAUGUAGGUUAUCGGCGUCUGGACUUUCCUUCGUUAAAGCUUAGUGUUGUUGGUGGACGACCAUUUUCAUGUGGAGGAGAGAAAUUAUUUCGGAAAAGGCUCCUGGCACAAAGAUAUGGAGUGGAAGAUAUGUCCGUUAGUGCCAAGAGGAUCUAUCGAGCUGCCCUGGACACACCAGAAGAUCAUGUGAUUGUAUUCCUUGCGCAUAAUGGACCUACAGGCCUUGGUUCUGAAUCAAGUGAUAUAUGUGGAAAAGAUUGGGUGAUAGGAGCUGCUGGUGACCAUGGUGAUCCAGAUCUAGCACAAGCCAUAUCCCAGUUAAAAGAGGCAACCAACUUCUCGAUCCCACUGGUUGUGUUUGGUCACAUGCAUAAAGAGUUGGCACAUGGAAAUGGUCUCAGGAAGAUGAUAGCGUUUGGGCCUGACAACAUCAUAUACCUGAAUGGAGCUGUUGUUCCUAGGGUUAAAACCUUAGUUGAUCAAGAAGUAACUGCUGGCAAAAGCAUCAAGAAUCAUGAAGCCUCAUACGCCCAUCCAGAAUCUGUUGGCACCAGGCGAGCAUUUACUUUAAUUGAGAUUUUGGAUGGAAAAGUUGGAAAGAUUGCAGAAACCUGGGUUGCUGUUAUUGGAGAUAAUACCAUAUUAGCAGAGGAGCAUUUACUAUAUAAAUAUGAUAUUUAAUCUUUGAUACAAUUUCCAUUCUCCCAUAUUUUUGUGUUUGUUUCGAUUCUCGUUGAAUUUUAGUUAGUUCCGAGUUCUGUUUUUUAUAGUAGUCUUCAUAUGCAAAGUUAGAUGGGUAAGUUACCAAUAACCCACCUUGAAUUCUUUGACGUUGGGGAUCUAAUUCCUACUUUUUAAGCUGAGUUUUGAUCCCCGCCAUCAAAGAAUUUGAAGUGUCUUGGUAACUUGAACAUAUAAGUCAUGUUCUAAUUAGAUAUAUUAAGACUAAUAUAAGGAUUAGGAUUAGAAAUUAAUUAGGAAUUGAAUGGGAAUUAAACCAAAGCAGCUGUAUAACAGUUUUAACUAUUUUCUGUGCAUUGCACCCCUAUAAUACAUACCACAGAUUCGAGAA